AUGAGUUUGUCUUCACGGAGAGUAACAUUGCCUGCAGUUAUGCCUAUAACUCUGCAGAAAUGGGUAAUUAAAGUGUAUAGCGAAGAUGAUACUAGCAGAGCUUUGGAAGUACCAAGUGAUACAACAGCCAGGGAUGUAUGUCAGCUGUUGAUAUUGAAGAACCACUAUAUUGAUGACCACAGCUGGACUCUGUUUGAACAACUUACCCACACAGGCUUAGGAAGAGCUGUAGAGGACCAUGAAUUAGUGAUGGAAGUCCAGUCAAACUGGGUAAUGGAAGAAGAAAACAAACUGUAUUUUAGAAAAAAUUAUGCCAAGUAUGAGUUUUUUAAAAAUCCACUGAGCUUUUUUCCAGAUCAUCUGAUAUCUUUUCCAAGUGAGACCAAUGCAGCUGUAAGCCACUCUGGGAUGUUACAGAUGUUCCUAAGUUCCAGCACAUAUCCUGAGAUUCAUGGUUAUUUGCAUGCAAAGGAGCAGGGAAAAAAAUCGUGGAAAAAAUUGUACUUUCUUUUGAGAAGAUCUGGCCUUUAUUUUUCCACUAAAGGUACAUCUAAGGAGCCAAGGCAUCUGCAGUUUUUCUGUGAAUUCAGCAAUAGUGAUAUGUACAUGUCUUUGACAGGCAAAAAGAUUUCUGGAGCACCAACAAACUAUGGAUUCUGCUUUAAGCCUAGCAAAUCAGGAGGAACCAGAGACCUGAAACAGCUCUGUGCAGAGGAUGAGCAAAGUAGGACCUGUUGGAUGACAGCAAUUAGGUUGCUGAAGUACGGGAUGCAGCUGUAUCAGAAUUACAUGCAACCAUAUCAAGGUAGAAGUGGCUGCAGCCCUUUGAAUAUAACACCUAUGAGAAGCAUUUCAGAGAAUUCUUUAGUAGCAAUGGAUUUCUCGGGACACAGGAGCAGAGUUAUAGAAAAUCCAACAGAAGCCCUUUCAGUUGCAGUUGAAGAAGGAUUAGCAUGGCGGAGGAGAGGGUGUCUGCGACUCAACUCACAUGGUAGUCCUAUUGCCAUGUCUAACAUUGCUAUACACAGAUCUCAGUCGUGGUUUCAUCAUAAAAUCUCUAGGCAAGAGGCUCAGAGACUUAUUUUGCAGCAUGGACUGGUAGAUGGGGUAUUCCUGGUACGCGACAGCCAAAGUAACCCCAAAACAUUUGUAUUGUCAUUGAGUCACGGAUUAAAAAUAAAGCAUUUUCAAAUUGUACCAUUGGAAGAUGAUGGGAAGCUAUUCUAUACCCUUGAUGAUGGUCAUACCAGAUUUACUGAUCUCAUCCAGCUAGUGGAAUUCUACCAACUUAAUAAAGGAGUACUGCCUUGCAAGUUAAAACACUGUUGCACAGGAAUUGCUCUUUAA